CACGCAACAGAUCAUCCAAUCUACUUGAGUCCACCCUUCAGCAUGUCGCUCGAAAAUCUCACAUUGGAAGACAACGAUGGAGCCGUUGGCAACAUUGAUAUCCAGUCCAGACCCGAGAGAAAGGCUAGAAAGGCAUUGGAAGGACUUGGAUUAAAGAGGGUUCAAGGAAUUCAAAGGGUCACAUUGAGGAGACCUAAGAACGUCCUGUUGGUCGUGGCGAACCCAGAGGUGUACAAGGCUCCUGGAUCCGACACUUAUAUCGUUUACGGCGAAGCCAAACUCGAAGACCCUUCAUCCGCUGCUCAACUCAGUGCUCAAGCUCAACUCGCCGCGUCUUCUCAAGCAGCUCAAAAGGCUCAUCAGCAAGGAGGAUUCAAGGAUGGUGUACCGAAGAGUCUGGAGGAUUUGAUGGCCGAACACGGUGACGAUGACGGACACGAUCACCACGACCACGAUCACUCCCAUGGAGCUGGAGACGGCGAGACGAAAGCUGCCAACUCCGGUACGGCGACUGACGGUGAUUCCGAUGUCAAGAUUGAAGAAGAGGAAGUCAAACUCGUCAUGGCUCAAACGGGAUGCACGGAAGAAAAAGCAAGAGAAGCUUUGAAAGCUGAAAAGGGAGAUCUGAUCAAUGCUAUCAUGCGAGUUGGAACCUAGGAGAGCCGAACCAGUGAUGAGCAGACAUUGGCAGGAGAAGAGGGGGCAGUUUAGAAGUAGCUCUUCCUCUGACUCGUCCAAUGGCACAGGUUUGGAAAAGUCCCAUUCAUGGCUAUGCAUGGUCUCCACGGGAUU